AUGACUCCUAUUUUUGGUCCACGUCUCCACAGGAAGAUUCAACCCCUGGAAAGGACCAAGAAGUGCUUAGCUGAGGCCAAGGUCCUCCUCCUGCGACAACGGGCUGGCCUCUGCACCUGCCGGCUUCCCAGCCCCUCCCCUGACACUGUGAUUGCCAAGGACAGGCAGGUCGAUAGUCCUUGGACCACAGAAUGUCAGCAGCUGAGACUACAGGGCAGUGUGGCAGUGGCCUCCACCACACGCCGCUCCACCACAGCUAUGGCCAGCACCACCUACUUUCUGCUCUGCUUGUCUGCCACCCAGCUCUUUGCCCAUGGGACGCCUUCCAGUAAGGGGACGCCCAAGAUACCUCAGAAGCUGGGGCUGAUGCUGGAAGGUCUGCACGCCAACAAGACCCUCCAGCAGGGUAUCCUCUCUGGACACCACACGAAGGUGCUGACGUUCCCUCAUGCCCACUUUGGUCCCAGGAGCAAGAGAGACUGGGUUGUCCCUCCCAUCUCCAUCCCAGAGAAUGAAGGCCCAAACCCCAAAACAGUGGCUCAGGUCAAAUCGAACAAGAACAAGGAAAUCCAGGUUUUCUAUAGCAUCACGGGCAGGGGCGCUGACGAGCCUCCGUGUGGCGUGUUCAUCAUGGACAGAGAAACAGGGUGGCUCAAGGUCACGGGGCCCCUGGACAGAGAGCAGGAAUCCCACUAUGUUCUGUUCCUUCAUGCUGUGUCUUCGACUGGGAAUGCUGUGGAGGACCCGAUGGAAACUGUGAUCACAGUAGACCAGAACGACAACAGGCCGGAAUUCACCCAGGCGGUCUUUGAGGGGUCCGUGAUGGAAGGAGCCUACCCAGGAACAUCCGUGAUGCAAAUCACAGCAACGGACGCGGACGACCACGAGAACACAGACAACGCAGACAUUGCCUACACCAUCCUCAGCCAGGACCCCUCGCUGCCUCACUCCAACAUGUUCUCCAUCAACCGGGACAUGGGAGUCAUCUCUGUGCUCACUACUGAGCUGGACCAACAGAGCGUGCCUGCCUACACCCUGACGGUCCAGGCUGCCGACCUCCAAGGGGAGGGCCUACGCUCCACAACAGCCGUGAUCACAGUCACCCAGAGCAACGGCAGCCCUCCCGUCUUCAGCCCCACUCAGUACGCGGGCCAGGUGUUUGAGAACAAGGUGGGCGCCGGGAUAGUGAGGCUAAAAGUGAAGGACGCAGACACCCCGGGCACCCCUGCAUGGAAGGCAGUGUUCUCCAUCCUGAAUGACAGAUCCCGCCUCUUCACUGUCACCACAGACCCCAAGACCAAUGACGGCCUUUUGAAAACAGCCAAGGGCUUGGAUUUUGAGGCCACACAGCGAUACAUCCUCUACGUGACAGUGGCGAACACCGUGCCCUUUGCACCGUCUCUCCCCACAGCCACAGCGACCGUCACUGUGGACGUGCUGGACAUGAAUGAGGCCCCUGUCUUUGUGCCCCCAAUAAAGACGGUGGAAGUGCCCAAGGAUGUGGUUGCGGGCCAGGAAAUCACAUCAUACAGGGCCCAGGACCCAGACAGCCUCCAGGGUCAGAGAAUCAGGUACCAGAUGUGGGACAGCCCAAGCCGUUGGCUGGACAUCAACUCAGAAACAGGCGUCAUUUCCACUCGAGCCAGUCUGCACAACGAUGACAUGGAGAACCACACAUUUUCGGCCAUUGUCAUAGCUGUGGAUGAUGGGCAACCUCCUGACACGGGCACCGGGACGCUUCUCCUCACUUUCUCGGACCCAGAUGGCCCAACAGCAGACUCGCACUGCCUUUCCUCCUGCCAGAGGGGACCAGAGCUCCCAGCUGUGACUCCAGAGCACCAGGACCUUUCACUGAAACAUGGGGCACUGACUCGAGAAAAUGGGGAUAACACCAGUGACGUCAUGAAGCUGUCGUGA